GACACAAUAUUCAUAUAUUAUGAAAGUAUUUUUUAGGAGGGGUGAUGUUCCUUCAAAGUCAAGAUUGCAACUUUCGAAUCGGAUCAUGGACGAAAUGGGCGAAGGGUAUGGCUACGGCUCCAUCGACGGCGAAGACGUCCUAUCCAAGCUACGUGGCCAACGGUUUCGCCAUUUAGAGGGUCAAGUGUACCUAGAUCAUGCGGGUGCAACAGUCUAUGGAUCGCACCAAGUCGAAGAACAUGCCAAGUUGUUGAUGCAGAAUGUGUUCGGGAAUCCUCACAGUUCAUCAUCGCCUUCCAGUCAACGUACCACGGACUCCAUCGACAGCGUUCGCCGUGACUUGGCGGCUUUCUUCAACACAACGCUCGAGGAAUACGACGUCGUGUUCACAUCUGGCACGACGGCAGGGCUGAAGCUCAUUGGCGAGUCGUUUCCCUUCUCCCGCCAAAGCUCGUUUGCGUACAGCAUGGAUUCACACAAUAGUGUGCUGGGAAUUCGGUCGUACGCGGCUGCGCACGACGCCCGCAUAUUUGCCCUGCCUGUGGAUGUCUUGGAUUCAGUAGGAAUCGAACUCGUUCGACGUCGAUUGUCACAGAGUUGUGGUGUUGCAGAUAGGUCAACAGCCGACCUCGUCGCUUCCUCCACUCGACGACGACAGUAGAACACAUGAGGUGUGCAACCUGGUUGCGUUUCCAGGGGAGUGCAAUUUCAGCGGAGCAAAGCACUCUCUGUCCACCAUCGACUGGGUGCAUCAUCACAAUGCCCUCAACGACAUGAAGACCCUUCCCGAGUACCAAGUCAAUUCGAACCGACCCAGCGGCGAUCGUCCUCUAGGAAAGUGGUUUGUCCUGCUGGACGCUGCCAAGCUGGCGGCUACGAACCCUGUCGACCUCUCCAAGUACAAACCCGACUUUAUGGUGAUGUCGUUCUACAAGUUGUUUGGGUAUCCCUCUGGCUUGGGGGCGUUGUUGAUCCGAAGGUCCAGCGCGCCAUACUUGGCAAAACCGUACCAUGGCGGGGGUACCCUGGCAGCGUCCUUCCCGACCCUCCUCGACGCCAGCCGACCGCACGCAGCGACGCACCGCCGCUUCGAAGACGGUACCCUUCCGUACCUGUCUAUUCUCGCGUGCACCAUUGGGCUGCAGUCGCUAAGAAACCUGACCAUGCCAGCCAUCCAGCGACACGUGGCAGCCCUCACGACGUACGCGUGGCAUGCCCUCACAGCCCUCCGCCAUGCCAACGGGGCCCGCGUGUGCACGAUCUAUGGAACGCACCAUCGAGACCCCGAUGCGGGGUCGAUCAUCGCGUGUAAUUUCAGCACUCCCGACGGCGCCUGGGUCGGGUACUCGGAAUUCAGCACGUUGGCCGCCCUCCAUGACAUCCACGUUCGAACGGGGUGCUUCUGCAACCCUGGGGCGUGCCAAGCUCACCUUGGAUUGACCACGGACGAGAUGUUGGCACAUAUGGCCCAAGGCCAUGUGUGUGGGGAUGCGAUGGACAUCAUCCACAACAGACCCACGGGCGCCAUUCGCGUGUCGUUUGGGUACAUGAGUACCCAGCAGGACGUCGAUGCGUUCAUCAUGUUCGUGGCCACGUAUUUCGUGUCGUCGCGUACGCAUCUCGCGGCAUCUCGUCUCCAAGUCGGGCAUGAUGUUCCAGCUUCGAUUCGAUUGGUCAAGAUUGCCGUCUUCCCCAUCAAGUCGUGCGGAGCCAUGCACGUCGAUCGAUGGCGUGUCGGGGCCCGCGGACUGCUCUUCGAUCGAGAGUGGGCGUUGGUGGAUCCAGCAACGGGCGCCGCAUUCAGCCAAAAGCACAUGCCACUCAUGGCCACCAUCCGCCCGGUGGUCGACCUCGACGCGCAACAGCUCCACGUCUCAUGUGACAACCGAUCGUCGAAGCUUUCGAUUCCACUGCACUACGUCCCAAAUUCCCCCACGCGAUUCCAACUGUGUGCAGAGCAUUGCCAAGGUCGUAAAUACAACGACACGGUGAAUGCAUGGUUCACAAGCGUAUUGGGUCGACCGUGUGCGCUGGUGCGGGCUACUUCGACAGGUACCCACCACACGACUCGAACGAAUGGCUUCGCCAACGAAGCUCCAUUCCUGGUGCUAUCGCGAGCCAGUGUAAGGCUGCUGCACUCCAAGUUUGGCGGCACUGACACGAUCUCGGAAGAUGGGUUCCGUGCCAACUUGAUCCUCGACGGCUGCCGCCCCCACGAAGAGGACGAAUGGGGCGAGUUCUUCAUAGGCCCCCACGCGUUUCGCUGCGUCGGGCCCUGCGGUCGCUGCACGAUGGUCAAUGUCAACCAAGCCACAGGCACGAGCCGGACCGCCCCCCUCAAGCAGCUGGCGUCGUAUCGUCGGCAUCGAGGGAAAAUCCACUUUGGCCAAUAUGCAGCCUUCAACGCGACCGACGAGGUGGCGCCGUGUUGGAUCCAUGUGGGGGACAGCGUCACCGUGCUCACGCCCCAGUCCAUGGACAACGGCUCAAGUGAACUUGAAUUAUAAACAAGCCAAACUUGGGUAUCCUACAGUUUGCACUAGAACAACUUGCUACUACUUGCAUUAUGAUACAGGUCGGCAACGAACGACUGAACCACUGCUAUUGACUACCCUACGACUCUUACCCUUUCCUACUCGUCUCUCGUACAUGGACUAACUACUGUCUACACUAAGCUAGAUUGGUUGUUCAACCUCGACUACUAGGCGCCGUAUCUUUGGGCAGUCGGCGCCUUGCCCGCCAUUUGCUUCAUAAAGUCCAGCACCACUCCAAACAGGCCUGAUUCGUCCACGGUCGGGCGGUUUGGCGGCCCGCGCAAGUAUUCGACGUAGUGCUUGUGGCAAUGACUCGCGUACUCCCGGUCGUUGCUCUUGAGUUGAUUGAAGAGAUCGGCAAACGAUGGAAACACGUCCAUCACCAAGCGCAUUUCGCCUUCCUCGCCGUCGUCGUCUUCGAUAAUGUGAAGCAUUUCCGUGACGACUUCGCCCAUGCAUCGCUCCAAACCUGUGAUUCCACAUUAUUGACGUUCAUCACCACGAGCAGCAAGCAGCAGUACCCAACAACCCAUCCCGCUUGA